AUGGCGCACCCAGGAGAAUCAGGAGGAAACAUGGCUCGUCCAAGCAACCCGUCGGGCUACUUCACGCCGUCUUUUCCUACUCCGGCCAUCAUCGGCGCUCAGGGAAGUCAGGCCCUUUUCCAGGAGAACCAAUGGGAGCCUUCAAUCGGCGCAAGGGCUCCGCAGCUAGGCCAUCCUAGUGCCGUCGACACGCUGGUGCCGCCGGCCGUGGCGCCACAGACUUUCCACUUCCAGUUCCAGCCGGAGAGCCAACCCCACAUGACCAUGCCACAAGCCGGUGUGCCGAACGCGAUGCCACUCCAACACUUCAGUGGCACGGCGGCUGUGCAGCCGCUGCACGGCAAUGAGCUAGCGGCGCGCGUGGCGGCCAUAAACACCUUGCCGUACCAGCCUUUCCAGCCCAACAACUAUGCCCACGGCUGGUUCCAGGACCAGCUGAUGCCGCCGCCGCAGCAGGCUCCUCCAGCUCUUCGCUACGCAGCUCUCCAGCCCGCCGUCGAGCAAGGCGACAGCGGCUACCACCUUCAGCCGCCACCACCGCAGGACGCGCAUAUCCUCCAACGCUCCAUGAUGGCCAUGGCGCCGCCUAACUGGAACAGCGCAGCUCCGGCGGUUGCGACGGACGGCUAUGGCGCCACGAGCUGGGCGCGUCCCAUGCUUCCCCCUUCUGACUGGCCCAGGAGCUGGGCGCCUCCCGUGCAGCAACCUGGUGCUGGUGGACAGACGAGCUGGGCCUGGGCGCCUCCAGCGCAGCAGCGCCCUGGUAUGCCGGCGGCGUCUCCAGCUAGCGGCUCGGCCCAGGCGCAGCCGCCGCGGGUGACGGGCAAGAAGACCUUGGAGGAGUUCCUCCUGGAGGCCGGCAUCCUCGACCAGCAGACCGUCAACAAAAUUUUUGUCGACGAACUCGCUGAAGAGAUGCUGGGAGAUGGACAGGCGGAGCGUGACGACCGCUUUGUUAGCCUCGGAGACCUUUUGCUGGCUCUUGGCGCGGUUUCCUCUUCCUCCUCUGGGGCUGGGCCGAGCACACAUCAGGUUCGCAUGCCCGCCCAGGAGGCGCUCGGCGCUGGCACAUCGGGUGGCGGCGGCUGCGACGAAGCGGCGGCGGCCGAGGCCAGGGAGCGGAGGAGCAGGAGGAUGGCCAUGCGAAAGGAGGCCGCUGCUAGACACCAUCGUCCCGACAAACAUGCAGCUCCUCGUGGAAGCCAAAAUGGACCAGGAGCUAUCUGA